GGAGGAGGGAUUACAAGCCCAGUCCUGCGGAGUGGAACAUCCUGCAAACACAUCUCUCCCACUCACAACUCAUCCCCGUUCCCACAGACAUGCGUCCACUCGCACGAUGAUGGAAAGUUGUGUGAAAGUCCAACCGUUGUUGUGUUACUGGAUAUAACCUGCAAGUUGUUGUCGGCCCGGCUGGACUUAUGUGUUUAUGUUUGAGCGCACGGCGGCGGGACAUCCGGAAUGGAGAACCCGUAGGCAGAGACACAAGAUGGACUUGAAGGGGACUGCAUUCGGAAGGUUCAUGAACUGCAGGGUGCCGGCAAACAAGAGAUACCAGCCGACUGAAUACGAACAUGCUGCCAACUGUGCCACACACGGGUUCUGGAUCCUACCAAGCCUUGUGGGUGGGUCUGUGCUGCAUUUCCUGUCCGUGGACCAAUGGCAUUGUGUUGCCGCCUGGCUCUACGGGAGCGGACUCACGGGCCUGUUUGUCACCUCAACGCUCUUCCAUGCUGUUGCCUGGAAAAUCAGCCACCUCAGAAAGGUGGAGCAGCGUUUCCACAUGUGCGACCGAAUGGCCAUCUACUUCUUCAUUGCGGCCUCUUACUCUCCCUGGUUGAUGCUGAGGGAACUGGGUCCUUGGGCGUGUCACAUGCGCUGGCUAAUCUGGGUCAUGGCUGCUUUAGGGUCCGUCUAUGUCUUCUUCUUCCACGAGAGGUUCAAGCUGGUAGAGUUGCUGGGCUAUGUAGCCAUGGGAGCUGUUCCUGCUCUGGUCAUCCUGUCUAUGGUGGACCACGCAGGUGUGUGUGAACUCGCCAUGGGAGGAGUCUUCUACGCGGUGGGUGUGGUCUUCUUCAAGAGCGACGGCCUGGUACCGUUUGCCCACGCCAUUUGGCAUCUUUUCGUGGCAGCCGGAGCGGGCAUUCACUACUACGCCAUCUGGAGGUACCUCUACUUGCCCAGGCCUCUUCAGGAGACCUCCAGGUGAUGAAGACCUGCCUCUCGUGCUGAGAGCACCCAUCCCAUCCUAAGUUACAGGAAGACACAGUUGGUACAGUUCCACAUCACAGGGCACUCCCUGUAGGCCAGAAGAUAAACCACGAACCCAAAGUAGUCCCAGUGAGUUUAAAAUGAACUCUAAUUUUGCCUCUGUAAUCAUUUCAGGAGGACUAAUCAUACUAUGAUCAUCAUAGGUUGAGUAGUUAUUUUGCUUCAUUCAUUUGCAUGUUCAGAAGAACAUGGCCAUACAAACGGACCCAAAUAUAAGAUUAUAUAAGCCUUUUUUUCCCCGUAGAAAAAAGAAUGAAAAAUACCAGUUUUUCUUAUAUUCAUGGGCUAGACACUGUACAUACCAACAGGUGGCGCCAAAUGACUUUCCCCCAAGUAAAUGUGUUCUUUUCUUCCUGUCACACACACACACACCAGUAACCUGGAGCGAUGCAGCUGUGACAGAGACUUGCUGGGGGAAAAAAAAGUGUCUCAAAAAUUUGGCAGGUCAACAAACAACAGAGGAGGAGUUACGAUGAUAAUUUUAAGAUAAUGGUCGUCAAUGAGUCGUCAGGCAUCUGUCCCACGAAGAAAUAUGAUAGGAGGGUCUGCCUUAGGGUCAUCUGCAGCAAGUUAAAUAGAGUUGUGACACCGACCUCAUCCAUCUUUUUUUCUUUUAAAGAUAAGCCUUCUUUGAAAAGGUUGAACAAAUCUUAACAUAUUUAGUAUACCUUCCAAUAACAAUGUGCCAAAAUGUAUAGCUGCUGUGUAUUUUGAAGGUUUGUUCAUUUUGAAGAGCUGAAUAACAUAUCAAAAUGCUGAAUACACACACACACACCAAACACUUCAAAUAUUACGACACGGACUGUAUGCAAUUCUCAGUUGUCGACAAAUGUACUGUUUCUCUCAACUUAAGCAAUUAAAAUGAGUGCAGUGAGUGUCAAGGUCAUGUACAAUCCAAUUAAAGUAAAGAUGGAGCGUUCAAAGAGGAGUUCUUGUUGCUGUGGAUCAAGUGUAACAUAUUUUGGUCAAAGCUGUAUGCACUUUCUAUUUCCCAAACUCCUCUAGAUGUUGAUAUACAAACAUGCCACUUAUUUUCUUACUGGCCAUAGACUGUAUUUUUUUCAGAUGAUCUAUUUUGUACAUUUUUAUUUCUGAUAAAUCACAUGAAUAAAGAAGAGAUAAUAUAUAUUA